AUGGGCAACGCGCAAUCCCUACUUGAUCUUGUAGCCAACCGAUGGCCACUACUUGUCACUGCCCUAUUUGCUUGUUUUAUAGCCGCUGUCGCUCCAAGAGUCGUCAACGUACUACGGCUAUGGGCCAUCCCCACCAUUGGUGAGGAGCUUGGUAACACAGAGAAGCGCAGACAAGCGUACUUGGGAGGAGCCAGGAAAUUGUACUCAGCCGGGUAUCAAAAGUUCAAAGAUGGCGUUUUUCUGAUAACUACAUCGCGAACUUCUCCCACCAUUGUCAUCUCGCCUUACUUUCUCCCUGAGCUCAAGAAGCUGCCUGAUGCAACUCUCAGUAUGGAGGCUGCCGUUGAUGAGUCAAUGGAGACCAAGUACACCAAGAUCGAGACCUCAGUACCCAUUAUUCCGCACAAGAUCAAAGGAGAAUUGACUCCAUCCUUAUCUCGACUGAGUUUGACCAUCGCAAGCGAAGUCAGAGAUUCCAUAAAUCUCACCAUGCCAUCAUGCAACGACUGGACAGAGGUCAACAUCCACCACGCUCUUUUUCGUAUCGUCGGUAUGGUAUCAGGCCGUAUGUUCAUCGGCCCUGAGCUCUGCCGCUCCGAGCAAUAUCUCGAUGCUGCCAUCAACUACACCAUGGAAGUCAUGGGCGCCCAGCGUGCCGUGCAGAACAUGCGCCCCUGGCUACGACAUUUCCGAGCACAAAGCCUUCCCGAGGUGAAGAAGCUGUACCAGCGAAUUGCUGAAGCCGAAGCCUUCCUCCAACCCGUGGUCGAAAGCAGAACCGACGCGAUGAAUGAUCCAUCAUAUGAGAAGCCGGAUGAUUUCUUGCAGUGGCUCAUUGACGGGAAGGACAAGUUCCCUGAUAAGAAUAGUCAGAACCUUGCCAAGGUGCAGCUCGGCCUUACGUUUGCUGCUGUUCAUACCACAACGCUGACAGCCACAAAUGCAUUCUACGACUUGGCGGCUUUGCCAGACCUUCAGACAGAACUUCGAGAAGAGGUCCGGGAAGCAUUAUCGCAGAGCGGUGGCCAGUUCACGAGCAACGUCCUGCAAUCUAUGAAGAAGAUGGAUAGUUUUCUCAAGGAGACACUUCGAGUUCACCCGGCGACGAUGGCCUCAUUCCAACGCAAGGUCCUCGAAACAUUUACUCUAUCCAACGGCCAGGUCAUCCCAGCCGGCGUGACAAUUGAGAUCCCUGCUGUCGCAGUCAGCUCCGACUCCAACGUCUUCCCAAACGCAGAGAAAUUCGACCCAUUGAGGUUCUACAGACUUCGCACUGAAGCCAAGGACGGCGGGUCAGUUGAGAAGGCAGCGAACAACCAGUUUGUCAGUGUGAACCAGAGCAGCUUGACUUUUGAGUAUGGUCGACAUGCAUGCCCUGGAAGAUUCUUCGCCGCAAACGAGAUCAAGAUGAUUCUGGCACAUGCCUUGCUGCAGUAUGAUGUCAAGAACGUGGGCGAUGCUACUGAAAGAUACCCAAAUAUGGAGUUUGCUCAUAUGUCGAUUCCGGAUCCUUCCAAGAAACUCUUGUUCAGGUCAAUCGAGGUUUGA